GAGUCUAUGAUAAAACCGUUGUCAUGGGAACUACAGCAGUAUUGAAUUGCUAUGUUCCAUCUUUUGUAUCUGAUUAUGUCCACGUGACUUCAUGGAUCAUCAAUGAUAAUGUCACAAGUUCUGCUGUGUCGCCCUUUAGCUCAGCAGGAGAAAAAUACAUAGUUUAUACCAACGGCGACUUACACAUCCACCAGGUGUCUCCAGAAGACGCCAGAAAGACGUAUAGAUGUAAAACGAAGAAUAUUCUGACUGAUGAAAUAAGGAGGAGCAAUAACGUUGCUAGGAUAAUUCUUAUAGACCCAAAAGAAGACAUUGCUCCAAGUGUUACUAUUCGCCAACACCAGGUGUCAGUUAAGAGCGGGGAAAUUGUUUUCCUUCCAUGUGCUGCUCAGGGUCAGCCACCUCCGACCUACGAAUGGUUCAAAUUAAAAGGGUCCCGACGAAUCAGAGUUCCCUCUUGGGCUAUGCUUGAGAAGCGUCAUGGAAGCCUCAAAAUAAACCGUGUCCAGCUGAACGACGAAGGACGCUAUCUAUGUGUGGUCAACAAUUCUCUGGGUGAAGACUACUCUCAGGUUGAAUUAAAGGUGUUGGUUCCUUUACAAGUUCGGAUUGAGCCCCAUUCUUUAGUAGUGCUGAGUGGUGGGGUAGUAACACUCACUUGUAGCAUAUCGGGACAUCCAAUCGACUCGAUUGUCUGGACAAAGAACUUUCGCCCCCUGGUGACAAAUGAGAGAGUUAUUCUCCGAGGAAAAGAUGUGCUGCAUAUAAGUUCUGUGCAGAAAGGAGACCAAGGGAUGUACCAGUGUUUUGUAUACAGUCAUGGAGACAGCCAUCAAGCUACAGCUCAACUUGUAGUUGGGGAUGUUCCUCCAGUUUUGCACCAGACAUUUCCAGACAGGAAGGUCCAUCCUGGAGCUUCGGUUUCCAUGCUUUGUACAGCUUCCGGUCAUCCACCACCGGAAGUAACGUGGGAAGUCGACGCACAGCCGCUUCCAAAGCUCGGGCGCUUCCACAACGAUAACAUCUAUAGAAAUGAUGGGAUGGUAUUUAGUUAUCUAAACAUCAGUAACCUUCGAACCCAAGAUGGAGGUGUGUAUCAGUGUACAGCGACGAACCCCGUAGACUCAGUGACCCACUCCAACAGACUUGACGUAUACGGAUCGCCGUUUAUUCGUCCCAUGGUCAAUGUCUCGGUAGUGGAGGGGCAGCAACUGACCAUAAACUGUCCAGUAUCCGGUUAUCCUAUUCACAGUAUAACCUGGGAAAAAAGCGGACUACAACUCCCCGUUUCUAGUAGACAGCUGGUCUUUCCCAAUGGUACCUUAGUUAUCAACCAGGUGGCGAAAGAUUCAGACCAAGGAAAGUACAAAUGCACAGCACGAAACUUAGAGGGCGCUUCAGACUACCAAACUGUAAAUGUUAAUGUGAUAACUCCACCCAAAAUCACUCCAUUUGAUCUACCAGCACGUGUUAAAGAAGGCUCUACAAUAGUCCUCACCUGCUCCGUCAUUCAAGGCGACCAGCCUUUUGUUAUGAAGUGGCUGAAAAAUAACCGCCGUCUGCCGGUCGAUCUCGGAGUUACAGUACAGAAACACGAGAGGUUUACGAUUUUAGCCUUGAAUAAUGUUAAACCUGAACAUGGCGGGAACUACACUUGUGUCGUGUCCAAUUAUGGAGGGACAGCUGGUCACAGCGCUAUUUUACGUGUUGAUACGCCACCGCGGUGGAAGGUGGAACCAGUAAACACAUCAGUUGUUCUAGGAGCCAUGGUUACCAUUGACUGUUCAGCAGAAGGCUCACCACAACCAAUUGUCACAUGGAAGAAAGCUUCAGGAAACUCUCCAAAAGACUUUGUUCCAGUUUAUAACAGUCAUCAUUACGUUAUAUUUGGCAACGGAUCUCUAAUGAUUAGAGAUGCCACCAGGGGAACUGGAGGUUUUUACCUGUGUCAAGCCAGCAACAACGUCGGCGCAGAUCUAAGCAAACUUAUCUCUUUCAAUAUUCAUGCACCACCGGAAGUUCGAGUUCAACAGCAAGUUUACUCAGUCGCUCUUGGCAACAAGCUGGAACUCUCGUGUCUUGCCACGGGCGACCUUCCAAUGGACAUCUACUGGAGCAAAGAUAGUGGACGUGAUGGACGUUACAUACUGAAACCUAACGGAAGGUAUAUAUUUGAAGAGAAAAAUGGGGAAAAUUUUAAGGAGUCCAUUUUGUUCAUCGCUGUAAGUGAGAGAAACGACACAGACAGGUUUAGUUGUCACGUGACAAAUGAAUAUGGAAACACCACGGCGAAUUUUCAGGUGAUUGUACAGGAGGAUUUAGGCAGAUCAUUCAGGAUAAACAGACAAAGAUGAAAUGGAUAGGAACUUCAUAGGUCCCAU